AUGAACAAUCCUGCUCAAGUAAAGGACUUGUGUGCAAAAGUCAAGGAAGACAUUUCAUUCAGUAAAGAGGUUCGUGGGUUUAAUUUUGAAAACGGAUGCACUCUUGAAGCACUCAUUGCUUCAUUUGAAACCACGGGCUUCCAGGGAUCUAGCCUUUACAAGGCGAUCAAGGAGGUUGAGAAGAUGAAGAAUGCAAAGAUUUUUUUUGGAUGCACAAGUAACAUCAUCAGCUCUGGGCUCAGAGACAUCAUAGCAACAUUGAUAAAGCACAAGUGCUUCAAUGUGAUGGUUACAACAGGUGGAGGGAUAGAGGAAGAUCUGAUCAAGACGUUUAAGCCAACAUUCUGUGCUGAUUUUGGACUUGAUGGGGAGCAGCUAAGAGAGAAUGGAAUCAAUAGAAUAGGUAAUCUUGUCAUACCAAGCAAGAAUUAUGAGGAUUUUGAAGCAUGGAUUAGCAAGAUUAUAGACGAUCUGACUGAGGGAUAUUCAGAACAGAACCCGCGGAUUCUUACACCUUCUGCAUUCAUAAAGAUACUCGGGGAAAGGAUAGCAGACGAGUCAUCUGUGCUGUACUGGGCAGCAAAGAACGAAAUUCCGGUAUUUUCGCCGGCAAUCACUGAUGGAUCGAUCGGAGACAUUAUAACGUUCCAUAAGAGAAGAUCUAUGCUAAAGCUUGACAUUAUUGAGGACAUAUAUCUCAUGAACUGUCAUGGUAUGACAUCUCAGGAGACAGGUGCUAUUAUUCUGGGAUGUGGCCUUGUUAAGCAUCACAUCCUGAAUGCAAAUCUGUUUAAAGAUGGCCUUGAUUAUUGUGUGCUAAUUAAUAAUGCACAGGAAUUUGAUGGAAGCGAUGCAGGAGCUAGUCUUGAAGAGGCCGUUAGUUGGGGGAAAGUCAAGCCAGGAAACAGGGGUAUAAAGGUAUUUGGAGACGCCACUGUGUUAUUCCCAUUGCUGGUCUCUGCAACAUUCAUGAAAAACCAAGUCAUGGUACAACAGCCAGUAAACUCUGAAAAGUGA